GCAGUGACUUGGGUGGCCGUGAUCGGAGCUUGCGGCAGGGCCGAGCUGUGGAUGGAGGCCUUGGGCUACUUGGAGAGACACCUGCUGGAUACCGCCAGAGAGCCGCCAAACGUCAUAGUGUACAGUGCCACCAUUAAGGCCUGCGAGAAGGCCUGUGAAUGGCAGCAUGCCCUCCUCCUGCUGGAAAAGUUGGAGAAGCAGAGCUUGGAGAAAAACAUUGUGUGCCAGAACACGGCGAUGAGCGCCUGUGCAAAGUCUGCGGUGUGGCAGCUGGCUGUGCAGCUCCUAGCAGCGAUCAAGGAGAAAGCGGACCUGGUGUCGUACACCGCGGCCAUUACCGCCUGCGACCGAGGAGGUCAGUGGCUUCAAGCGCUGGAGGUCUUUGCGCAGCUCUGCGCCAGUGCUAAGCGGCCUGACCUUGUUGCGUUCAACGCUGCGAUCAGUGCUUGCAAGGAGGGCCAUGGCGCUGAAGCAAGGGUGCUUUAUGCACAGAUGAGGGACUCGAAGCUGAAGGCAAACGAUAUCACGUGUACAUCCCUCAUCGCCGCCUGCUCCUCUGAGUGGCAGCAUGCGUUGGCCUUCUAUUCCCAGCAGUUCUACCACAGAAAGAACCAAGACAUCUUCGCGACCAGCGCCGCGAUCAACGCCUGCACAGAGGGCCUCCAGUGGCAGAGAUCUUUGCAGCUCUUUGCAGAAUUCAAGGAGGGCAGCCAAGCCACCCUGGUGCUGUACAACGGAGCAAUAAGCGCGUACGCCCGUGCGCGGGAGUGGCGGGGGGCGCUUGCUCUGAUGCGAGAUCUUCGCCGCGAGGGCUUUGAUGCGAACGAGGUGACGUACAGCUCAGCAAUCUUGUCGUGCUCAGAUCCCGGUCUUUGGCAAUGGGCCCUGCGCCUCUUAGAAGAGAGCCGAGGGACGGUAGCUGGGGCCAACACGGUGGUGUACACCGCUGCCAUAGCAGCAUGUGCGCAGCAGUCUCAUUGGGGCCAGGCACUGGCCCUUGCCAACGAGAUGCUUUCAGGCAGCUUACCGCUGGACACCAGCGCCUACAACUGCAUCAUCAACGCUCUGGCCGAAGGUCAGCAGUGGCAGCAGUCACUGCACCACUUUGCUGACAUGCGCAGGGCUUCCUUCGAGGCGGACGAGGUCUCCUAUGGAGCGGCAAUCAAGGCGUGCGAGAGUGGCCAGAACUGGGAGUUAGCUCUUAGCUUGCUGGAGGAGUUGGAAGCCAGGUCUUUCAAGCCAGACCUGAUUGCCUGCAGCGCCGCCCUCAGCGCAUGCGAGAAGGGCGCGCAAUGGGAGUCUGCGCUAGGCCUUCUUGCGGACAUGGUGGCCAGACAGCUGACCAUGGACGUGGUGGCUUACUCUGCGGCUAUCAGUGCAUGUGAGAAGAGCAGUCGCUGGCAGGAGGGCCUGCAGCUGCUGUCCAGCUUGCAGUACGGCUAUGGGGAAGGUGACCGCAUCACGUACAACGCGAUCAUCAGCGCGUGCUGCAAGGGGUUGGCGAUGUCAGUGGCCCUGCAGCUCAUGGAGGAGAUGGAUGCAGCCUGGACGAGGCCUGACGAAGUCACCUUUGACACAGCGCUCCAGGCCUGUGCCCAUGAGGCCCGGUGGAAGAGCGCGCUCCUUCUCUUCGAGGACAUGAUGUCUAGGGGACUCCAAGCCGAUGCCGUUGCAUUGGGCGCUGUCAUCUCUGCUUGUGAGAAUGCUGCCACGCUGCCUGCAAGUUUGCCACGUCUUUUCUUGGGAAUGGAGGCGGGUUUCGAGCAAUCCUUGGCGGCUUUGGACGAGAGAGAAAAAAUGACCUGCUUGCCGCCGCUAUGGGAGACGCCCAUCGUCAACGUGCGCCUGGGCCAGGGACCCUUUGGCUUCGCUCGCCUCGCAGAUGCCAGGCUUGCAAGCACGGCCAUUGCCUUGGAAGAAAUGAUCGUGCACGGCAAGAAGGUGCAGAUCUGUCGCCCCAGCGGCUUCGCCAAUGUGGACGGCUCUGCUGAGAAGUCGCUGUAG